GCCGGAUGCGCUGAGCCCGGCGCUGCGGGGCCGCGGAUCGCGGGGGAGCAGCGGCCACCGUCGCGGGGAGGGGGGUGGGGUGGGACCCCGUGUGGCCUCCGGCGCUGGCGGGACGGGGCCGCCGUGGCGCGGUGUGUUCCGCUGUUUUGCGGCCGUCUGCAUAUUUUGUCUUUCUUUUUUGGAAUUCUGAACAUUUGACAAGACGAGGGGGUUCAAGGCAGGUGAGAGCAUCCCGCACGUCGCGGCGGAGCCGGCCGGGCGCUGGGCGCGCUCUCCAGAGACCGUCUGCACCGGGGACCUGAAAGUUUUUUUUUAUGCAGAUGUAUUUAUAAAGAUAUAAGUAAUUUUUUUUUCAUCUCGUCUCCAAGCGAGUACUUUUGGCAAAGGACAGAGGAAAAACCUCAGCAACAUUGGGGGGGGGCGGUGUUUUUUUGCUUUUUUGCCUUUUUUUUUAACCAAAAAAAUAUUUUCAACGCGAUGGAGAAAAUGUCCCGACCGCUUCCCCUGAAUCCCACCUUCAUCCCGCCUCCCUACGGUGUGCUCAGGUCCUUGCUGGAGAACCCACUGAAGCUCCCCCUUCAUCACGAAGACGCAUUUAAUAAAGAUAAAGACAAGGGAAAGAAGCUGGAUGAUGAGAGCAACAGCCCGACGGUGCCCCAGUCAGCCUUCUUGGGACCCACCUUAUGGGACAAAACCCUCCCCUACGAUGGAGAUACUUUCCAGUUGGAAUACAUGGACCUGGAGGAGUUCUUGUCAGAAAAUGGCAUUCCCCCCAGCCCUCAGCAUGACCACAGCCCGCACCCUCCGGGGCUGCCGCCGGCUUCCUCAGCUGCCCCCUCCGUCAUGGACCUCAGCAGUCGGGCCUCCGCACCCAUUCACCCGGGCAUCCCGUCCCCGAACUGCAUGCAGAGCCCCAUCAGACCAGGGCAGCUGUUGCCAGCGAACCGCAACACGCCGAGCCCCAUCGACCCCGACACCAUCCAGGUCCCGGUGGGCUACGAGCCGGACCCGGCAGAUCUCGCCCUCUCCAGCAUCCCCGGUCAGGAGAUGUUCGACCCUCGCAAACGCAAGUUCUCUGAGGAAGAACUGAAGCCGCAGCCCAUGAUUAAGAAAGCUCGCAAAGUCUUCAUCCCCGAUGACCUGAAGCAGGAUGACAAGUACUGGGCGAGGCGCAGAAAGAACAACAUGGCAGCCAAGCGCUCCCGCGACGCUCGGCGGCUGAAGGAGAAUCAGAUCGCCAUCCGAGCUUCGUUCCUGGAGAAGGAGAACUCGGCCCUCCGCCAGGAGGUGGCUGACUUGCGCAAGGAGCUGGGCAAGUGCAAGAACAUUCUGGCCAAGUACGAGGCCAGGCACGGGCCCCUGUAAGACGGCGCACGGAGCGGGGCUGGCUUCCGACCAGACGGACACUCGGUCUCCUGUCUGAUCAGCGCCACACCCGAGCCCGCCUUCCCGCCGUCAGCACUUUACCAGAGGCAGCGAUCCACAGACCGACCCACGUCGUGGUGUGUGCGCGCGCGCGCAUGUGCUUGUGCUCAUGUGUGUGGUCACCCGUGUGCGCGCACGCGUGCGUUCCUUUGCACUUGCCAUUUCCAGAUAACCCUCUCAUCCUCUCUUAGCUCCAAAAAAAAAAAAAGGUGCCAUGUUUUUACUGGACUGGGGAGACCUCUCCUGGGGUUUCCUGCCCUCCCCCCCGCCGCCCCCACUCUUGCCCUUCCCACGUGGCUUCAUGUUCGCUCCUCCCUGCUCUGCCGGGGCCCUGCGUGUGGAUCCGCCACAAAGGGCCCUGGUAAAACGGUAGCUCUCAGUUUUCAAGACCACAAGCCCUUGUUUCUGUUCAACCCGUAAGCCGCUGUGCUAGCGCAGUGCUCAAAACAAGCGGGCGCCGCCCCGCAGCGCGAGUCAGUCCUAGGUUGCUUUCCUCACGUCUUCGGUUUGGGUGGUCAUCGUCUUCAAGUUUAAAGUGCUGUUUAGAUUUGUUAGGUCCCGUAUUUACUUACCGCUAUCUACUAAGUUUCCUUUUAAUUCUGCUGACUCCAGAUAAGUCAGAGUACUAUUAUAGAACACAGAGUGUGUUUCUGCACUGUCCGUACCUGAAGCAAUAAUCCUAUUGUACGCUAGAGCAUGCUGCCUGAGUAUUACUAGUGGACGUAGGAUAUACUUCCUCCCUAAGAAUUCCACCCUCUCUUAAAAAACAGAAAUCACAGUAAUGCAUUUGAGCAUGCCCAGAACAUUCCCAGGACAGGGAAGCUGAGAGAAUGCCAGGCGUAAGAAGGAGGGGUCGAUUUAUCAGCACAGGAGCCGAAACCAAACCAAAACAAAAGAAAAAAACGCGUCUUGGAACAGGUCUGACAUGGGGAUGUUUGGUUCUGUUCUCUCCCUUCUCCCGUACCCACCCCCACUUUUAUAGCUAAUGUUUUCCAUAGCCCUCUUGAUAUUCAAAACAAUCAAUUACUUAAGAUUCAGUUUUCCCCCAUUUUUUGUAAUAUAUAUAUUUUUGUGACUUAUUAUACCUUGCUGUUUUUAAAAAUCAGUUAAGUUAAUGAGUUGGUGUUUUGUACGACCCCUUUUCCCAGUGGUGUUAUUUUUGACUGCUUCAUAAAUUAAUGACUCUGGAGCUUUUGUUUCUUCCCUCUGUUUGCUUUUGAACGUGUGUGCUUUUAUAAAGUGGACUUUCUGAAACAUGAAUGUAAAAGACACUGGUGUAUCUCAGAAGGGGAUGGUGUUGUCACCAACUGUGGUUAUUAACCCGAUCAGUUCCAAUGUUUACUAUAGACCCAAAGGAGAGGUUAUUAAAUUGUUUAAUGUUUAUACAGAGUAAUUAUAGGAAGUUCUUUUUUUGUACAGUAUUUUUCAGAUAUAAAUACUGACGAUGUAUUUUGGAAGACAUAUAUUAUAUUAUAGCAAAGAGAAAAGGAUAACUAUUCCAUGUUUUGAAGCUAUAUAGCAAAGAUAUAUAUUCAUCGAUGUUGUGCAGAGAAGAAGGGCCUGGAGGGUUUGAAGUCUUCGCCGUUUUAAGCCUGUUGCUGACACAUCAGCGUGUUGUCUGCUUUCAAGUUUGGUGGCCGUGCGAGGCUUGCUGGGACGAAUCCUGCUCUCAAGUACAUGAGAUUUCUUGUUUCUCAUUAGGUCUCAGAAAGAAGUCAGUUACUGUCACUGAAAAGCACAAAAUAGAUGUUAGUCAAAUAUUUAUUGGAUGAUGCAGUGUUUCUCAGGAGAAGCAUCUGCCACAAAAAUGUUCACUACACAGUUACGGCUUCACCGCAACCACCCCAGGCAGGCCUGUCCCUCCCCCCUCCCCCCUCCCCGCUCCCGUCACCCCCGCCCCGCCCCCACUGUGGGCACGCGCAUUUUCGGCGGCGUGCGGCAGAUAUCGGUGCUAUGUGUGUGGCUUAAAAUUUGAUGGAUGUUUUGACUUUAAAGACGGUUCUUUUGUUUCACUAAGUUGUGUAAUGUCAAGAGAUUCUGCUGUUAUUGCCAAGAAACAUUCUGUGCUAGAUUAAAAUGCCCUUUCGUCCAUGGGAUUGUCUACUGUCCCGCCUCCAGAAUAUACCCAGUUCUGUAGUGACCUGGUGGGCUCCCUGCCAGCCCCUCAGCAGUUGUCUUGGGAAUGUCACAGUCUUGGGAAUGUCACAGUCUUGGGACAUUGACUAGUAGGGUUUCCUGCUAGGUGUCCCUUUCUUCCCCAGCCACCCUCUCCAUCGGGAGUGGGGAGCACGGGAACUGAAACGCGCUGCUCAGGUAAAUAGCUAGUACAGGAAACAGACGAGACCUCUGGCAAUCUCAAGCAGAACUGGAUAGGCAACGCUCAGUGUGAGACAGCGAGCUCAGAACUGGCCUUUUUAUUGGUAAAGAGGCUAAUUGCCACACCAUCGUUAAAUGUCAUUGUUCCCUCUACAGCGGAGACAGGUGAUGCAGUUAACUGCAGCUGUGUUGAAGGGCUUGUACCCUGGACCACCCGAGUCCAUUGAUGUAUAAAAUGGCAGCCAAAAAAACUAUGCCCCCCAAAACCAAAAACCCUAUAUUUGAGCCCUGGUCUUUCUUGGAAUUAGAUUGUUUGUAUCAAAUGAGCAUCUCACAUGUCUUCUGCAGAAAAAAAAUAUAAAAGAUCAUAAUAAAACAUAUUCUUUCAUGUGCCAGGAAAGGUUUCAGAAACCUACCUCGUCUUAAAAAUUUGUCAACUUCGGAGUCUGUCCAGGUGCCUUAUAUGUAGGUCAUUGUCAACACACACACAAGCACUCACUCCUCGACUCACUGCCUUCUGUCCAGGGCAGUUAGCUGGCAAACGAGGCAGCUCUGCCCCAGGGCGUGGGGGGCCACAGCCCGAUCCGGGGUCACUGGGACCAGCCAGAGUCCGACGAGCUCUGCAGACUGCAGCUGUUACAAGAGUCCUGUUGCCAUUCUUCACCUUUUCAUCAAAAGCGUCUUUCAGAGAUUAAUCACUCAGCCAUUAAAAAUGAAACCAAAUCAUGUCACACCACCGUCAUUGCGACACAAUUUGGAAUGAGGGGUCCAGGACUUCUUGACGAGGUCACACCAUCGUUUUGUUUGAUGAGAUGUGCAAAGAAAGGCAAAGCUCGACCACCCUAUCCCGCUCAGGCUACCGUGUGGGUAGGGAGGGAAUGGGAGGGCUGAACGUGGUGUUUCCUUCUCUUAAGGAAGCGGCUGCCUUUUGAAACCCCACAGAGGGCACGAUGUGAUAGGUCUUUCCUCUGCACGCGUGUGACAGGCACCCACAAACCGUCCCUUAAAGCUGAAGAGCCCUUCGUUGGGGGAGCGUGCAGAUGCGGCGUUGGCUGGGUAGGAAGCUGUACUAGGAACCCAGAGCUUUUUUCCCACUCACUCAUCUUGGGAGCUCGGAAUAAUUCUGAAUGGACGUUUGAAAGGUCUUGGGUCUACUUCUGGAAGAAUUUUCAGAGGAUCCCUCUCCCACGGCCCCAGGGUAAAACAGCAGGCGUCUGUAAAGUGCAACCUGGUACUUUUGUUUUUUGGUAGUUUAUCUAAUUUUCCCCUAGUGUUCCUUUUAGGAACGCUCAAACUGUAUUGGAGCUCAUCAGAGUGGUCCCAAGGCAGGCCCGCUUGGCCCUCUCGCUUGUGUGGGGGUUGGGCGGGCCUUCGUCUGACCCGGGGUCGCUGGCUGCAGGGGCUGGCUAGACGCUGGGCUCCCCGCCUCCCUUGAGGCAGAUGCCCACUCUUUGCCUGCCAGCUCCCUGCUGAGGGCACCUGGGCGCCACUGGGGAGCCCAGGGUCUCCCACAGAUUUUCUCUGCAGUUAAUAAUGCCAUUUCAAAAAAAGAGCAAAGCCUUUGCCCACAUUGUGACGGCUUGACCUUGGCCUCUGAAGUCAGUCCGUUUGGCAGAGGGCCAGAUGUAGGUGGGGGCGAGUGUGUGUGUGAGGAGUUAAGACUAAAAGAUCUUUUGUUUUGGAGCACCUUACCAAAUAUAACAGUAAUUUACCAUGAUCUUUUUGGCAACACCACAAAGACUGUGUUUGCUAACCAGGUAAAAGUUCACAUGAGGUCAGUUUAAUUGUAUAUCAUGAUAUUGGUGGUGUUUAUGCUGUUAAAUGCAAACCUUUCUCUGUCUGUUAUUCUUAAUGUUUAAUAAACUUUGAAUUUUUUUCCUUUC